AUGGGGGGUGACAGUGCACGCUCCUUCUUCCUCUCCCCUCCCAGCUAUGGUGGAUUCCUGGCUGGAGCUAUUGAGAGGACCAGUUUCUUGGCACCUCUCGUUUCUAACUGGCUCUUCUUUCCCUGGCAGUUCCUCGAAGACCUUCUCUUCCUCAUCUCGGACCAUACCUGGCUGGGCUAUUUCAUCACUAGUAUCAGGCGCCAGCUGGCCCACAGCGAUAAGCGGCCCAGUGACAAGAGCUUUCUCUACAAGUGCUGGGGCACCGUGCUGAUGUUUUCUCCAGAAGAGAGCAUCAAGCCCCAGCUAUGGCGUCUGGUGGAGAUGGUCAAUUUCAAAGAAGAAGAGGAAAGAGAGGGAUUCGCCCGAGCACUUGGGCUGUGUGCCAGGCAACAUCUAUAUGAGAUUUUUACCAUCCUGGAGCACUGGGAAGAGGUCGUCAGCAGGGUGCAGCUCCAGCCUUCUGCUGCUGGCUCUCUGGAGGAGCCAGCUUCCAUCGAGCAGCUGAGAAGCCUCCUGCUCCUCACCUAUGGGCACGUGGUCCACUCAGUCCCCACAGACCUCAUCCUAGAGACCAUAGGCUACAAGAUCCUGACUCCCAUGCGAAAACACUAUUUUCUGAGCCCACAUGACCCGCUGGUGAGAUCUGCGUUUGUGAGAAGCCUCGUGCUGGUGGGUGAAGCUGUCACCCAAGUGAGCAGGAUUCCCUUGGAGAUCCUCAGAGGCAAGGACCGCGCCCGGCUGCAGAGCCCCGACCACAAGUGUGCCCUGCUGGCUGUCUCAUACAUAGGGAAAUUCCAGCCUCACCUGUCUAAGGAGCAGGUGGCUGAGACCAUCAGCACUUGUAUCACCAGCUCCAUGAUUCAGCGUCCAACCCUGGCGAAGCUGAGAGGGACUAAGGUGGCAGAAAGCUCCGCUAUCCGGGCAGAGUCUCUCCAAGAACUGCCCUGGGAGGGCCUGGAUCAUGUGCUGCAGACAUUCCUGGAACAGCACCUGACUCCCACCACGCUACUGCAUCUGUUUCUGCACUUGCAGCCAUGGAUCUCCUCUCCCCGGGCCCAGGAGAGGACACGAGCUGUGAGAGCCAGCGCCCGGCUCUUCAUGUUUUAUCAAUUCAAGGCCAUCACCGAGGACCUGAAACCCAUGACAGAGCAGGGCUACAUGGCUGGGCUGCUGACAAGCCAGGCCUUCGAUGCUGAGGAGGCCACCCGAUACUGGGCAUCUCAGGCUCUCUACUGGCUCUUCACGCCUUGCAAAGCCGUCGUGUACAGCAAGACAGGGGCGGUGGUGACUGUACUGAGCAAGGCGCAGAAGGAUGCCAGCUGCAGAGAGAGCCCUGCCCAUGUUGCUAUGCUCAUCGUGGAACACCUGCAGUCCCGUGACCUCAUGCCCUUCAGCUUCACCCUGCUGGUGGGCCUGCUGGAGAAGGGGGAGUGUGCUGAGCAGCUGGCAGGCGUCAUGGAGGCGGUGCUGAGACAGCAAAAAUCAGAGCUACAGGGCCAAGUGCAGGAUCUCCAAGCCGCUCUUUCCUACACACUGAGCCCACCCCGGGGGGUGCGGCUGAGUGAUGGGACAAGAGACAUCCUCCACCUACUGGCUAGGCAGCACACUAAGACCGCAGUCAACAUCCUCCUGAAGAUGCCCUGGCCUUACAAACACCACAUCAAGGCCAUCUGGAGGUUCCUGGGUGCAGAUCCCGUGCUGACCAAGGAGGUACUGCAUAUCCUGCUGUACGACAGCCCGGAGAAGGGCUGGGCUAACCCUGGACAGACCCAGGACAGGAGCUGCCCCCAGUCAGCCCGGCUGCCCCCGGCGACCACAUACGGCCUGUGGGAGCUGAUCGGGGGCCUUGGGGCAAGCAGACACCCUGGAGGGACGCGAGGACGAUCUGUUCGCCUCUUGCUUCCUUGCCAUUGCCAACCCCCCGCACAACACCUCUUAGGAGUCCAGCAGGACCAGCGCAGUGACACCAGUCCACGCAGCAUGGCCGUGCAGGCCUGGCGCGGGUGCUGCGCCUCAGGGGCAGUCAGCCAGCUGUGGAACUAA